AUGGAGCAGCGACGCACUUCAAGGGCUUGCGACGCGUGCAAGCGCCGGAAGGUCCGCUGUAACGGCCAGUCCCGCUGCCAGCAGUGUACGCAUGUCGGCCUGCGUUGCACCUAUGCUUCGACGCUCCCGUCACGGUCUCGAAAGAGAUCCCUUGCUAGAGGUUCGGUCAUUGCCGAGUGCAAAACCCUCAGCUUCCAACCGAGUCAAGGAAGCCAACCGGAAGGCACACUCGCUUCGCGCGUGGUCUCCAUAUCUAUACCGGCCUCGAUUGUUUCGCACCCUAAUCCGAGCUUCUUUCAUGAGUUCCUGCACGAAUAUGAACGAUACGUGUACCCAAUGAGCCCGGUUAUCCCGGCAAGCGAGGUCCACGAGAUGAUCUCAAAGAUGGACGAUAGUCGGGAUGCUGCCUCGUUUGUGUAUAUUUUUGCCGCCGUGACGCUCAAUUUGACGCGAGGAGAGCCCGUACAUGAGGCACCCGCGACGCGUGAGCGCAUCGCGACAUUGCUGACCCGCUCACUGGAGCACCGUCGUCCGCUGGGAUUCGAUGCUCAGCCGACCAUCGUGUCAGUGAUGAGUAGUUUAUUCACAGAGAUGUGCAGCGUUGGCCUGCGUCGCCUUGAUCUGGGCUUCUUCUACCUCCGAGAAGCUAUCUCCAUACUAUACAUGCUACACGCUCACUCGGAUGAGGCGUUAGCCGAGUUUGACAUGCCAGAGCGAGCGCGCCUUCAGCGUGCCUAUUGGGAGUGCUUUAUUCACGAGCGCUUUACCGCUCUGACUUAUAACAGACCACCGUGUCUCAGCGCAUUACGCGGUCUGCCAGACCAUGAUCCAUCGCUGCCAGAAGAUACCGAGGCAGGCUUCAACCACACCAUUGAAAAUUUCUGCCUGGUAGACCGCAAGUUUCUUGAAUACUGGCUUGGCGAACGGUCGGGUGUGAGCGCUGAAUGGAUCGAGAACAAACAGCAACAGUUGGAGGAUAAUUGCUGGCACCGGGAGGUUUCCCAGCUACCAGGCAUGAUGCAGGCAGAUUUGAUCAUUACGCGACAUUGGCUGCGCACAGUUACUUGGCAGAUUGCUCUGUCCAACACGCUACUCUCCUCCUCGCCUGAUACAAGUCUACUGCUCUCGCUUUCCUUCCCACUGCGCCUCUCAAACCAGCUACGUCAGUUUCUAGUGACCAUUCCACGGGAUAUGGUAGGAAUUCAUGGAUCCGGAAUUCUCGAGAAACUAUUCGAAAUCGCGAAUGUAAUUACCGACGUGGUACUGCACCUGCCACAUGCGUCGGGAGACGAAACGAUUCAGCGAAUUCACGACAUUAUCUUCCUCAAGAACUUUGUAUACUCAUUCGCGGGUUUCCAGACUCUCCGCCCGGCCGUUCUGACGCAGAAGUUUGAGAUGAUUCGUGAGAAAUAUCCGGAAAUCAGGGAAAUCGAGCUUCUGCUCUAG